CCCCACCGCACUGGCCAGUCUUGUCUGGGAGCUUCCCCUACCGAAUUAUUGGGAACACGACUGACCCGUGCCGCUAGGGGGUGUAAGUGAGUAACCUCCGAAGUGCGGCGUCUAUACAGUGCUCCACAGCGGUCUCUCUUCAUUCCAGUUGCUGAAAUACAGCCUACAGCAAGAUUGAGGAAACCUUGGCUCGUUAAAACACUGCAGUAAUGGCAGCUUCAACAGAGUCAUACAUGUAUACGGACCAGAGUGCCUUUCAUUACGAUUAUGAGACGUUGCGGACUACGGGUGUCGUCCUUGCUGUGGUUAUGUUCGUAACUGGGAUUCUUAUUGCUAUGAGUAAAAAGUUCAAAUGCUCAAAAUCCAAAUCUAGUCCAGUGGAAGGCCCUCAGCCACCGAAGACAGAAGUUCCACCUCAGACAGUGUAAAGCAGAUGGUGCGACAGGGCGGCCCGUUUCAGCUAGAAGAAAUGCUCAGUUGCACAGAAAUGUGGAGGAGAAUCAAACCUGCUUGACCUUUUUUUUGUAACCUCAGCCUAAAUGCUAAUCUAAUAGGUCUAAAUCUGAUGUAUUUUUAGGUCUAUAGCACAUGUGCUACAUUACAUCACUUUUGUGUUCAACGACAACAUUCAUGAUGCAUCUCACCUGACCCCAAUUAUUUUACUAAUGCAUGAAUAAUAUGCAUUAUAUUUUGUUGUUGUUAUAUAAAGGUCAUUUAUGGAAAUAUUUAUGGAAGCAAUCAGGAAUAAUGAAAACUUGCAGACUGAAUGACAAAUAUACUCAGUCCAGUGUGCUGCCCUGUAACUUGCCAGGUUUCAACAAAAUGUAAGACAAUUUUCUAGUUCUUUUAGUCUUGUAGUACGUAUGAAGAGCAAAAGCCUCUAAGUGCCAUCUGACAUUUUCAUCUAAAAUGAGAAUUAUUUAUAUCAGGCUCCUAUAAUUAUGUUCAGUUAUUUCACUUUAAUGCAUUAGAAAAGAUUUUUAGAUGAGACUUAGAGACUUUUGCAUCUGAACUCUUCAUAUUCAUUCAAUCUUUUAGAUUUUUUGUGUAUUUGAAAUACUAUUGAAUGUAUUUCACAAUUAUUUGCAUACAUCAUAUUUCAGUGGAAGUUAUUUUUAUUUUUUCAUUAUUUUACCAUUAACAGUUUUGACAUCAAUCAUAAUAUAAACUGAAAUGCAGAGCUUAUUUAAAAUCUUCUGUUUACUAAUUGUAAAGUCGUUUCUUGGAUCUGUGAAGUCAUGUGUUGUCUUAAGAACUAAGAGUGCAACCACAGUGUUACAAACUAACUAGUAGUUACUAAGCUAACUUAAUAUCUCAAUUUAAGUCAAGCCUAAUGAGCGGCUGGUGCAACCCUUCCUCGGAUUUACACAUGAUCCCUACAUCCAUUUGUAAUGGCAUGAAUAUUUGAAUAUAUUGCAUUCCAGUAAACAAAGAACUUUAUAACAUAUACUUUUGUCCCCAACUAGGUACUAAAAGGCUAAUGACUUAAUUGCAACUGAAUGUAAUUCAUCCAUAUAACUUUUAAAGAAUAAUGAACCAACGCACAUCUGUUUGAUCAGCAUGUUUUUGGGGGAAUGCUAAUCAAUUCAUUACAAGUCCUCAUUAUACUGAAGAUGAUAUAUAUUGUUUUCUUUAAGAGUGAAGUAGUUCACAGCAGUCAUAAUGAAGAGCUGAAAAGGGCUACUGUAUGAAAAGGCAUUUUUAUUAUUCUUCCAAAUGUUAGUCAUGUACCAAAGGCUUAAUAAAAUCUCCUGAGUUACAAA